AUGUUGGCUGGCAUCCAGGCAUUGACCGAUAUUCGGAUUGCCUCGUCCUCAAACGUCGCAAAAAGGAAACAAUGGCUUUGUCGGUCAGCCAGUGUCGGACUGUACACAAAUGUCCAACAUGCCAAUGCUUUGGCUUUCCCUCCGCCCAUUCUAUCCCCCAUUCUGUCGCAUCCAACUUCCAAACUAUCGGACUCCAACCCAGACCCAGACCCGGACUCUUCUCCCGAGAAGCUCAUCUCUUCAUCUCAUCAUAGGCUCAGCCACCCCUUUCCCUCCGACUCCCAAUCUGCACGGUCAGCGUUCUGGUUCUGGCACCGAAACAGACCCUCUCCUCCCAUCUCUUCAUCUCGUCCAAUCCAUCAGAGUACCCAGAAAUGA